GCUCAAGAAACCUUUUUGAUAGCAUUCAUCACUUGCGGGCAACUCCUUGGUAUGACGACAACGAUAAUUUAUUAUGGGUAUAGGAAAAAAUAAAGAUGGCAGCCUUCAUGGGACGAGUGGCUUUACGAAGUUUUCCGGCUGAGAUGUUAUUUCUUAUGAAACAUCAAUCAUGUCCGGCUUACAAUCUCACACAAGUUAUGUAUAUGAGAAGCAAACAUUAUAAACCGCUUUUCAGAACAAGACGUAAAGAGAAAAUGUUGUUUGUUGACAAAGAUAAAUAUGCAGACGAAAACUUAUCUUAUAAGGAAAAAAGGGAAAAAGACUUAAAAGAUAAACAUGCUGAACCAGAGCGUUCUUUCAGAGCAAGAAAGCCAAGCAGUAUCGAGACAUAUGGUGUUUUUGAUCCAUUUGUACCUCCAGAAGGGGAUGGUAAACAUUCUGUUCUAGGAAAAAAGGGUUUGAAGGAAGUUGCAGAGAAAGGUCAAAAGAAAGUAAUGGCAAGAGUUCAAGCAGUACGUAAAAUAAGAAAAUAUGGUGAUCACAACUUCAAUACAAAGAAUAUCGCAUAUGAACUUCUUGAGUUAUAUAUUGAAGCACAUAACCUGUUAACAGACUAUAAGAAGAAUAAAAAUCGCCUUCAUGAAUUGUGUACACUUCGGGCAAUGAAUUUGAUGACACACAAUAUGGAUAGAGUUACAUGCAUGUGGGAGUACGUGGAGAGUCUGGCACCUCCUAAAACAGUACAUGUUGCUUGUGAAGAAGUUAAUGUUAAAGAUAUAUAUUUUGCACAAGUCACAGUUAGAAUACACUCAAAACAGAAAUUAGCCUUGUAUGACCAGUUUGGAAGACUAAUGUUUGGUAGCCCACACUUAGAGAAAGAUGUCCUUGACUUUGUUGUGUUUGAAAAAAACAUUGUAGAUAUGUAUGGUAAAUGGCGAUUACAUGAUAAAAUCAGACCAGAUUGGUUACCACAGUUAUAUAAGAACCAGAGUGUACGUCUUCCUGAGGAAUAUAGCAAAGAUGUAGAAGACGAAGAGCAGAAGGAAACGGGAUGAUACAUAUUUCUCCUGUAUCUAAUAAAUGAUAUAAUGAGCCACGUCAUGACAAAACCAACAUAGUGUGUUUGCGACCAGCAUAGAUUCAGACCAGCCUGCUCAUUUGCGCAGUCUGAUCAGGAUCCAUGCUGUUCGCUUACAAACCCUAUUACAAGUAGAGAAACUGAUAGUGAACAGCAUUGAUCCUGAUCAGACUGCGCGGAUGCGCCAGCUGGUCUGGAUCCAUGCUGGUCGCAAACCCAUUAUGUUGGUUUUGUCAUGGCACGGCUCAUUAAUGUUACUUUUGUCAUCUGGAAGUGUUUCACUAAAAGCUCUUAUAAAGAAGGCAUUUAGAUAUAAGGAAGAGCAAUUUGAAUUAAGAUUGUGCAAACAUCAUUAAUUUUAUUGUCGAAUUUAAAAGUUGUAUUAAAAUGUUUGAAUAAUUAAAUUGCAAUAAAAAAGUGAUUUGAAA